AUGCGGUCUUCAAUUCUUGUUCACCUCGCCGUAGUGAGUGCCAGCUUGGCAACCCCGGUACAAAAGAGGGAUUCGGUGACUGCUCAAGUAAAUUUCUCCAACAACACUGGAGACCCUCAACACUUGGCGUCAGGUCUGUUGUAUGGAGUUCCUGACACUUUGGAUCAAAUCCCGUCUACUUUCUACACCGACAUUGGCUACAACUACGAACGAGCUGGCGGUGCCCAAAUUCCAGCUCCUGGUCGCGGCUGGAUUUGGGGACUAACUGAAUACGAAGUACGCUUCAUUUCUUCAAGUUUCAAGUCUGGUCAUAUUCUCAUACCCAUUAAGAACAGAUUCGCCUCCGCUUUAUCCAAUUACAAAACUGCCCGUGAGUACGGUGCGAAUUUUAUUUUCCUAAUCCAUGAUUUAUGGGGAGCCGAUGGCACACAGAACUCGUCUGCAUCAUACCCCGGGGACGAUGGGGACUGGACCAGCUGGGAUGAUUACCUGACCCGGCUAUUUUCGGAUAUGAAGAGCAAUAGCAUGACAGAUGCUUUGAUUGUUGAUAUCUGGAACGAACCCGAUGGCAGCGCCUUCUGGAACCGAGAGCAGUCGCAGUACUUGGAGAUGUGGGGGAGGACAUACUAUAAGUUCAGAGAUGAAUUCGGUUCAGAUGUUCUCCUCUCUGGUCCAGCAUCUGCCGGCGAGCCCCUUUCUAGCAACACGUGGUGGGAAGCAUGGGCAUCGUUUGUAGCCAGCAAUGACAGCAUUCCCGAUCAGUACGCAUGGCACAUGGAAGGUGGUUCUGGGGAUCUUCUAUCUUCACAUGCAGGUCUCGCAUAUUGGCUGUCCACGUACGACUUGCCCCAGAAAACGAUCAAUAUCAACGAGUAUGCUGUCUUCGAUGAACAAGUCCCCUCCGGGUCAGCAUGGUGGAUCUCACAGCUCGAGCGAAUCGAUGCCUACGGACUACGCGGGAACUGGCUCAGUGGUUACCAGCUACAUGAUUUCAUGUCGUCUUUGCUGUCGAAGCCCAACGCGGACACCAGCGAGUACUCUGCCACUGGGACUGGAUAUUUCCCAAAUGGUGAUUAUCAGGUAUAUAAAUACUAUUAUCAGAACAUGACGGGCUACCGCGUUGGCACGGUUCCAUCGACAGACCUCAAGCUGGAUGCCUACGCGACUGUUGGCGAUGAUGGAUACGCUCGUGUUCUUGUUGGCGUGCGCAUAACCGAGGGCACGUGGGAGUUGCAGUUGAACGGUCUUUCGUCCUUGGGGCUGGCAACCAGUGGCACUCUGAAUGUGCACACUUGGGGGUUUCCAGUGAAUAGCGACGAUGCGCAUUAUGGCGAGGUGGACGCCCCGACUGAUUUGGGCUGGUACGAUCAUGCGUACUCGGAUGAUACAGUUACUUUCCCGGUCUAUCAGACAGAUACGACGACGGCGUAUGCAUUCGAGUUUGCUAUUUAG